GCUCCUUCCUGCCGGCGGCGGCGCGGGCGCCAUGGCGCGAAACGUGCUGUACCCCCUGUACCAGCUGGGCGGACCCCAGCUCCGCGUGUUCCGAACCAACUUCUUCAUCCAGCUGGUCCGGCCCGGUACCGCCCAGCCCGAGGACACGGUGCAGUUCCGGAUCCCCAUGGAGAUGACCAGGACGGACCUCAAGAAUUACCUAGAGCGCAUUUACAGUGUGCCUGUGGCUGCCGUUCGGACGCGGGUGCAGCACGGCUCCAACAGGCAGAGGGACUACAGGAACGUGAGGAUCAAGAAGCCCGAUUAUAAGGUGGCCUACGUGCAGCUGGCCCACGGGCAGACCUUCACCUUCCCGGAUCUGUUUCCCGAGAAAGAGCAGGACCUGGUGGCAGAGGAAGGGCUCCAGGAGGCUCUGCCCCAGAAACAGAGCAGUGACCCGCGGCGUGGCGGUGUCCCCUCCUGGUUCGGCUUGUGACCCCAUGGGGCUGGGCGCUGGGCCUCAAUAAAGUUCUGCUGUGUGACAAAA